ACUGUCAGCGAAAGUAGAACGUCAAUUUCUAUGCGCAUGUCACAAAAACCAAAAUACUAAAAAAAAAUAUAUAACCAAUUUAAUUUUCUUGUACAAAAGGAGCUUAGCUUAUUAGCAGGAGCCAAAAUGUCGAUUUAUUACAGUGGAGCACUUCGCAGAUCCAAUGGAAUAGUAGCUGCAAUCGCCAAACAACUAAAAAGUGUGAAUUUAAAAGCUGUCAAACGCGUCACAGUUUCAUUUAAUCCAUUUAAUGAAAACGCAAAAUCAACAAGGGAACUCCUUGUUCAUCUGACAUCACCCAAAAUCAUAAAAACCAACCCAAAUUGUAUCGUGAAACCAGAAGUUCUUUGUAACUUACAACCUGCUGAAGUAAGAUUCUCAUUAAUUGAUGCGGCCAAAGAACAAUCUAAACUGAAAGAAAUUCGAUUUGUAUGUGAUAACCUCACAACGUUAGAGCUCCUACAACUUUGCAACAAACACAUUUCCACAUUAGCUCCGAAGGAAGACGCGGCUGCAACAAGUUUGCAAACAAAAUCUUCAAAAGCUGCCAGUUCGUCAAGGAAAGCUGUAAAGAGGAAGUAAAGCAACCAAGAAUCAACAAAGCAAUAUGGUUAAGCCUCGUGGAACUCUAGCUGUUAUCGAACAGAUUUACCAUGAUAUCCCAGCAUUCACAGAUGUCUUCACAGAGGAAUCGUUCUAUUUCUUUGCUUUUUGUU